CUGUCUUUACUUACUUCACUCCUUAGCCUUGUCAGACAUGGGAGCCCUAUCUCUGAAGUGGUUGGCGCUAAUGGUGAUCACCGUGCAGACCACUGCUCUGGUGUUGGCCAUGCGCUACUCGCGUGUCAAUUCCUCAGGUGCGCCAUACUUCGCAAGCACAGCAGUACUACUCACUGAGACCAUCAAGUUCUGUGUGGUGUUGCAGAUUCUCUGGCUGGAAAAUGGGAGCUCUGCGUCUCAGACAGCUGCCGUGCUCCGGCGAGAGGUGCUGGGCCAGCCGUGGCACACCCUGCCUCUGGCCGUGCCCAGCUUCCUGUACACCAUCCAGAACAACCUGGUGUUUGUGGCGCUCACCUACCUGGACGCUCCGACAUUCCAGGUGUCGUACCAGCUCAAGAUCCUGGUGACAGCCCUGAUGUCGUCGGUGAUGCUGAAGCGGCGCGUGCGACCGCUGCAGUGGCUGGCGUUGCUGACGCUGGUGGUCGGUGUUUGUCUUGUGCAGGUGAGCCAGGUGCUCCCAUGCAGAUGA